GGCAACUCUCGCCUAAUUGCCAUCUUUGCGGUGAUUUCUGCUCCGCUUCAUUUUUGUUCUCUACGCUUUGCGCAUUUCAAAAGUGACAAAAUGGCGAAUGAAGCAAGUAAAUUGCUCCUUUCUACACAACAAGAAAAACCAAAUCAUUACACGUACUUAAAGGAAUUUCGCGUCGAACAGUGUCAGUCUUUUCUGCAACACAAAUGUAACCAACAUAGACCAUUUGUAUGCUUCAAUUGGCAUUUCCAAAAUCAACGCCGCCGUCGCCCUGUCCGCAAACGGGAUGGAACAUUCAAUUAUAGUGCUGAUAAUUAUUGCACCAAAUAUGAUGAAACUACAGGCAUAUGUCCGGAUGGUGAUGACUGUCCAUUUCUACAUCGUACCGCCGGUGAUACUGAGCGACGCUACCACUUGCGUUACUAUAAAACUUGUAUGUGUGUACAUGACACAGAUAGUCGUGGUUAUUGCGUUAAAAAUGGACAUCAUUGUGCUUUUGCGCAUGGCAUACAGGAUCAACGUCCACCGGUAUAUGAUAUUAAGGAACUGGAGUCCUUGCAAAAUGCCGAGCUGGCACUCGACGGUACAAAUGCACAAAAUGCACUAGAUAAAGAACGCAAUCUAAUGAAUGAGGAUCCCAAAUGGCAGGACACCAACUACGUGUUGACGAAUUACAAGACGGAACCAUGUAAACGUCCACCGCGACUUUGCCGUCAAGGUUACGCUUGUCCACAAUACCACAAUAGCAAGGAUAAGCGACGAAGUCCACGCAAAUUUAAAUAUAGAUCUACACCAUGCCCAAAUGUCAAGCAUGGCGAAGAGUGGGGUGAGCCUGGUAAUUGUGAGGCCGGCGACAAUUGUCAAUAUUGUCACACACGUACCGAGCAACAAUUUCAUCCGGAAAUUUACAAGUCAACUAAAUGUAAUGAUGUACAACAAGCUGGCUACUGUCCACGUAGCGUAUUCUGUGCAUUCGCACAUGUUGAACCUUGCCCUAUGGAUGAAUUGCGUGACAAUGCGCUCUCUGCCAGUUUGGCCAACUCUAGUUUAUUAUCACGUUCCUCGGCGCCAAUUAACAUUCCUAAUUCUACGCUAAAUAACUCCAUGAACGGUGAGUGUAAGUUUGUCGGAAAUUUUUCUAGCGAGCAUACGCUGCAAAACUAUAAAUAUUUUUUUUUUUCACAUUUUAACAAUUUAGAUUACAAUUCAGCCGGUUUUUCCGUGAACAUUCCAAGCAACUCGCUAACAUACAGCCCAACCAGUCAUAACAACCUAUUCAGCGUAUCAGAUGCAUUUAACUAUAGCGGUUCCAAUACAAAUAAAUUAAGUAAUUCACUCUCAGCGGCCACGCAGAAUGACAGCAGCAGCUUGUUUUUCCCAUCGCGCAUCAUAUCGCCCGGUUUUGCUGAUGGUUUAUCAAUAAGUCCCUCCGUUAGAAUUUCCGAAUUAAACUCAAUACGUGAUGACAUCAACAGUAGUUCUGUUGGCAAUAUGUUGUUUGAUAACACUUUGACAACCACUAAGAAUGCAUUCUCACUGCAAUCAUUGCAGAAUCAAAAUAAUUCCGAUGUUAAUCGUUUAUCAAAUGAAUUGAUGACAAAAAAUUCACAAAUUGUUAAGCUAACAAAUCGAAAUGAUGAGACCGCUAGAAAGUUAAAUUUAACGGAAUUACAACGUGACAAAGCCAAGCAGGAGGCCAUCGAAUGGAAGGAGCGUUAUGAUUUAGCGCAAACACAGCUACAUUUGUCUACCGAAUUACGCAAUUUGUCGAUACAAAAACUAAAACAACUUCAGUCAAAAUUGCGCACCGAUUUGGAGGAGGUCGAAAAGGUUUUAUACUUGGAGAAUGCAAAGAAGUGCAUGAAAUGUGAGGAGAACAAUCGUACGGUCACUUUGGAACCAUGUAAUCAUUUUAUACUUUGUGAUUCAUGCGCCUGUUCGGUGACGGAGUGUCCCUACUGUCAGGUGUCCGUAGUCACGACACACACUUAAACAAGUAAACAAACAAAAACAAAUUAAACACGGUUGCAUAACAAAAGGGUGUAGAGCAUUUAGUAUAUAAAAAAAGAAAAUAUGUUUAGGUAUACUUGCUCCAAUCAAAUUAUUUAUUAAAAGUGUAAAAAAAUAGGUACUCAAUUAACAAAAAGUAUUGAACAAACAAAACUGGUACGAGUAAUAGCAGAAAAUCGUAAAAUAUUUGCAUUGAAUUCAAUUGAAAUGUUAUGUAAGUUGCAUACAUACUAACAGAAAUUGUGUUAUUCGCACAAUUAGCGAAUAAGUUUAGGUGUCAAAAAUCAAUGAAAUUAUAUAUAGAUAUAUAUAAACAGAUAUAUAGUAUAUUGAAUGAAAAUGUGAAAAUAGUUUCAGCAACACUAACUUCCAGUUAAAAGCAAAAACAUAAGCAAUUAAACCAGAAGCAAUGAAAUAUGUUUCUUUUCCAAUAUUCUGCACUUAAACGUAUGCCUAAUCCAAAGCUUUUUUUAUUUAAUUGCAUACAUAUUGAUGGCACUAUUCACCUAUUUUAUAACAUAACAUUUUCUUUAGCAUUUUUUCAAUUUCGUUUUUAAAGCAUUUACACAAUUUUGUGUAUCGUAAUGUUUAAGUUAACCAAAAUGUGUUUGCAUUUGCUUAUAAACUAAUGAAGUAAUAUGAUUUAAUUUUUUUUAUUUUUUUUUUCGUAUUUUAAGCCGCCAGUAUAAUUACAUUUUGUAUUCGAAUUGUUGUUUUUUUUAAUGUAAAAAAAGGAAACAAAAAAUGUGACAAACCUAAUUUCAAACUGGAUUUUUACACAAAUCUACUAUUAUUUAUAAUUAAUUUACCGUUACGUAAAAUUUCAUUUAGGCAAAAAAAAACUGUAAAACUAGUAUUCCAUUUUUCACUUACUACAUAGUAUUAAAUUUAGACUUUUACCAGUGCAUCCUUACCAGCGUUUAUAUAUUAAUUACUAAUUUAGGCUAAAUAAAAAAAGUUUUUUCUAUUUUUUAGUAAUGCAGUAGGAACACUGUAGCAUUGUAGUGAUUUUUCAUGAUCAUUAAAACAAUACAUAAAGAUAUUUUGUAUUAUUAAUAAAACGAAAAAUGUAUUGUCA